GAGGAGAGGGGAGGAAUAGUACAGGAGCAGAGGAGAGGAGAGGAAUAGUACAGGAGCAGAGGAGAGGAGAGGAAUAGUACAGGAGCAGAGGAGAGGAGAGGAAUAGUACAGGAGCAGAGGAGAGGAGAGGAGAGGAAUAGUACAGGAGCAGAGGAGAGGAGAGGAAUAGUACAGGAGCAGAGGAGAGGAAUAGUACAGGAGCAGAGGAGAGGAAUAGUACAGGAGCAGAGGAGAGGAGAGGAAUAGUACAGGAGCAGAGGAGAGGAUAGGAAUAGUACAGGAGCAGAGGAGAUGAUUAUCACUCCAGAGAAUGCGUUUAGACUGCCAGAUGGUGAAGCGUGAUUUAUCACUCCAGAGAAUGCGUUUAGACUGCCAGAUGGUGAAGCGUGAUUUAUCACUCCAGAGAAUGCGUUUAGACUGCCAGAUGGUGAAGCGUGAUUUAUCACUCCAGAGAAUGCGUUUAGACUGCCAGAUGGUGAAGCGUGAUUUAUCACUCCAGAGAAUGCGUUUAGACUGCCAGAUGGUGAAGCGUGAUUUAUCACUCCAGAGAAUGCGUUUAGACUGCCAGAUGGUGAAGCGUGAUUUAUCACUCCAGAGAAUGCGUUUAGACUGCCAGAUGGUGAAGCGUGAUUUAUCACUCCAGAGAAUGCGUUUAGUCUGCCAGAUGGUGAAGCGUGAUUUAUCACUCCAGAGAAUGCGUUUAGACUGCCAGAUGGUGAAGCGUGAUUUAUCACUCCAGAGAAUGCGUUUAGACUGCCAGAUGGUGAAGCGUGAUUUAUCACUCCAGAGAAUGCGUUUAGACUGCCAGAUGGUGAAGCGUGAUUUAUCACUCCAGAGAAUGCGUUUAGACUGCCAGAUGGUGAAGCGUGAUUUAUCACUCCAGAGAAUGCGUUUAGUCUGCCAGAUGGUGAAGCGUGAUUCAUCACUCCAGAGAAUGCGUUUAGACUGCCAGAUGGUGAAGCGUGAUUUAUCACUCCAGAGAAUGCGUUUAGACUGCCAGAUGGUGAAGCGUGAUUUAUCACUCCAGAGAAUCCGUUUAGACUGCCAGAUGGUGAAGCGUGAUUUAUCACUCCAGAGAAUUUAG